AUGAUUAUACUGCUGCAGAAAACAAAACGACAAAUAGUAUCUAGUUACUAUCGUCUUCGUGAUUUUUAUCAAUCGAUUUCUAAAUAUGAUGAAGCAUUAGACAAUUAUCAAAAAGCAUUGAUGAAAUAUCAACAAGAAUUAGAAUCCCAUCAUGAUCAAUUUUCCAGUUUAAUUGAAGAAAUAGCAAAUAUCUGUUUUGAACAUAAACACAAUUAUCAAUUAGAACUUAAACAUCAAUUAACGCAUCAUGAAUACAUAGUAAAACAGUCAACACCCGAUACUAGAAACGGUAAUCAACAACAAAUUGAUCGUAAGAAAUAUCAAUGUGGUGUUGGUCAUAUCAAUUUAUCUGAUUUUUACGUUAAAAUACAUCAAUACGAUUUGGCCAAGGAAUACUUAUUAAAAGCAUUGGAUUUGUAUGAAGAAGUUCAAAUGAUGACUCUCGAACAUAAAACUGAAAUCAUUAAUGAAAAGUUGAAAAACGCACAAAAGUUUUUAACAUACAGUAUUCGCCUAAGAAAACAAGCACAUUUUCAUCCGUUGACAUUAUUGUUAUCUAUUUUUACGUUUUCAGAAAAACACUAUUUUACAUCGUUUCAUCAAAGAAUGCAAAUAGAAGCAUAUAAUGAAGAAGGUGAAUUAAAAAUUUGUUCAUUACGCGUUGGUUCAAUACUUGGACAUGGUGCACGUCAUUUUCUUGUUAUGGACGGAUGCCAUCCUAAUAAACGAGUAUGCUUUGAGUGGACAGCAAUCAAUGGUGAAGGCAUUUUUUCACAUUAUGCAAUAAAACGUAUCUAUGGUCAACAAUGUCUCAGUUUAGGACGCUAUAAACUUUCAAAAGUUUACGACGCUUUUUGCAAAGCAACACAUGAUAACUUGAAGUAUUCAUCGAAUAAGAAUUGUAAUCAUUGGACGAAUCGUGCUUGUUCAUAUCUAGGGUGGAUCAUUGAUUGCCAAUGGCAUUGUUGA